CCGGUUUGACAGAUGUUCGUCGGGGGGAAAGUCGCCUCCAUUCAGCGCCGAGCAGCGGACGACGGCGGCGGAGGCUCGCUUUUGGAUUGUUUUUCGCCGCACCGACUGAAACAUGUCCGGGGAAAAGGCGACCACCUCCUGCAACAAGUUCCAGGCCAACGUGUUUAACACGAGCAAAUGUCAAAACUGCUUCAAGUCCCGCGAGCUGCAUCUCCUUGGCGACCGCGACGUGGAGCAGGCGAAGCCCAUCUACUGCAGCUGGCUGUGUUUGGCCCCGGUGGGCACAGACUUCGACAACCCCGUGCAGCGCUCCCGGAAAUGGCAGCGGCGCUUCUUCGUCCUGUACGAACACGGCAGCCUGAGCUACGCCCUGGAUCAACAGCCCAGCACGCUGCCUCAGGGGACGGUCAGCAUGAGUCUGUGCACAGAUAUCUCCGACGCGGAGUCCCGGACGGGCCAGAGAAACGCCCUCUGCAUCAAAACCCCGGAGCAGGAGAUAUUCAUCCGCGGUGACAACAAAGAGAUCAUUAACGGCUGGAGGGAACAGCUGUCCGCCUACCUGCGCACAAACAAACACAGCCAGAAGAAAAAGCGGAAGGUCGAACCCAUCGCCAAUCAGGAGCCAAGCCCAGCAAAGAUGGCCGCAACCGAUCUGAGCUUUGCGCCCACUGAAGGAGCCUCAGAGGGGACCCUGGUCAGAAACAGCACGGACCCUCUGGGUCCGGAGUGGAUCCCUGCCGGCAGCGGCCCUCCGAGCAGCUCUGCCUUCGACUCGGUUGUUGGGAGCUCCGGACAGAUUCAGGGCGAGGACAGGAGGUCUGCAGAGCCGGUCACCAGGAGGGAGCGCGUGGGGGGGACAGGUGUCCCCAGACAGGGCCGGAUGGAGACCCGCACCAGCAAGAGAGAGAAACUGCCAUCGUGUGCAGACGUGGUCCAAACGGAGGCCCCCCCCCCUCAGAGAAGAGCCAAAUCUCUGGACCGAAGGACCUCAGACACGGUCAUGACGUGGAAGAAAUACUGGUUUGUGCUCUCGGCGGACAGUCUGAGAUACUACAGGGACCCCUUAGCUGAGGAGGCCUCAGAUCUGGAGGGUGAAAUCGACCUAGCAAAGUGUUACAGCGUCUCAGAGUAUCAGGUGCAAAGGAACUACGGCUUUCAGAUCCACACUCUGAGGGGCGUCUUCACGCUGUCGGCCAUGACAGCAGGAAUCCGCGAGAACUGGAUCCAAGUGCUGAUGAAGAACGUGCACCCAGCCAACGCCCCUGAUGUCGCCAGUUUACCCGGCCCCCCCGAGGUCCUGCCCAAACCAGAUGUGACGCAGGACUCUGACGUAAUCACGGACCGACGCCCCCCCGCCAAGCCCCGGAGCCUGAAGGAGGAGAGGCAGGACGGAAAUCACACAGCCUUCGACUGGGCCGAGUUCAGGCCUCAGGCCAAGCUUACGGCGGAGGCCGAGAGGCAGGAAACCGGCCCCCCGCGCUCCCUGGAGCUGGACUACCAGGAGAGGCGGAGGAGGCGGGAGGAGAGGAGGCAGCGGUACGAGAGAGAGCUGCUCAUCUCUUUUGGGCGGGAAGAGAGCGGGGAGAAGGUGUCUGAUGGCACCGAGCGAGCUCUGAGUCCAAAGUCCCAGCGGAGGGUGGAGGAGGAGAUAGAGGAGUGCUGGAAGCAGGUGGAGAGGACCGUGUUCAGGGCGGAGAAGACGCUGCCGCUCAACUCUGAAGCCAGAAACACAGCAGAGGUUGAAGAUCUGAAGAUCCAGCUGGCCGAGUCAGAGCGCCUCAGGCUGCAGCUGGAAGCUGAGCUCUCUUCACACAGACUCAGUCAGCAGCAGAUGGUUCCUCCAGUUUGUUCUGAAGCAGAUUUCUGCUCAGAAAACACAAAUAAAACCUCAGUAAACGACUCAAAGGAUUCACAGCAGACGACCACAGAGCAGCGCUUCAUCGGAGAGGACGUGCUCUCCCUCAACUCGUCUUCAUCGGCGCCUCGGCUGCCAAACGUCUGUUUGCAACAUCUGGAGGACUUAUUUCCUGAGACCGAAGUCUCAUCGGCGUUGGACGGCCGGCAUGAGCUGUGUCUGACCGACGGACCGGAGCUAAACUUCGAUGCCUGGAACGGUUUGGGCCGAGAAGACUGUCAGCCGCUUUCCAGCUCGGACACAAAAACAAAUAACGGCGAGCUCUUUACUCCCGAGAACCCCGCAGGGAAAGAUGGCCGCUCCCUGACCGAUGUGGCUCCAGACCUGCUGCUGGUGAAGACUCUCUCCAAAGAGCUGGAGCUCCUCUCCCACCAGAACGCAGCCCUCCACCAGCACAACCAGGAGGUGCUGAAUCAGCUGACAGAGGCCGACCGCGAGAUCGAACGGCUGAAAGCGGAGCUCAGCAGCAGGUACACCGAACCUCACCACCUGCCUGAGGUGGAACAGCAGGAAAAGAUGAGAUUGGAGGAUCUGGAGAAGGAGCUGAGUCUGAGGAACCAGGAGCUGCUGGAGGCCCAGAUGCUGAUCAUGUCCCUGAGGGAGAGCGAAGCUCUGACGCGGCUGAAAAACCUGACGGGGAGCGAAGGAUCGGAGGACGAAAACAAGAACAACACGGAGAAAACGGACGGAUACCUGCUGCGGUGCUUCGAGGCCACAGAGGCCAAGCUGACGGAGCUGGAGAGGCAGCUGGAGGAGUCACGGCUGAGCUGCAGGGAGCUCCAGCAAAAGAACGCAGAGCUGAAGGAGGCUGGCUCCUUUUGCUCCGAAAGUCUGGAAAAAAAACUCUGUGAGGAGUGUGAGAGAAGGCUGAACGGAGAGGGAAAGAACAGGAGUGUUUCCAGUGAAGACAGGACUGUUUCCAGUGAAGAAAAGAUCCGGAAAGUCAUCCAGGGGAUGCUGCUGAGGCAGAGGGUUUUGGGGAAGCUGCUCGGAGUCAUCGAAGGUUUGGGCUGCGAGAAAGAAACCGAGGAGGUGGAGGAGAGUCCCACUGUGGGGAGUCAGCUGAGGCGGGAGGAGGAAAUGUGGAGGGAAACCCUCAACAGGCUGAGGGAGGAAACUCGAUCGGACGACCCCGUGGACGCUCUCGCUGUGGAGGGAGCAGAGUGUCAGAUGGUGGAGAGACAAAUCUUACUGGCGGGUUAUGAUCUGCUUCUUCGUGCAGAGGAGGAGAGGGGGGGUGAGGGUGAGGGCGGCUGGUGGGGGUCUGAGGUGGAGCGUCUAAAAGCCGACACGCAGAGGAAAAUCUCCCUGCUGCUCCGGAUCUCCUCGCUCAGCGUCUCCGAACUGGACGGCCUCCGACCGGCAGCAGACAGGCUCUACCCGUCCCUCUCAGAGCCCCCCGGCCCCGCCCACAUCCUCCACCCCACAGCCAUAGAGACACUCUCCCGCUGUCGACUGAAGGAAAAGAGCGAGAGACCCCCCUGUCCCAAAUGCGUCUCCCUCCUGGAGGAGAACCGGCAGCUAAAGGCAACAUGGCGUCCCUCAAAGGAUGUGAUCUCCACAUGCUGCCAGACGGAGGAGAGCCGGGACCCAGACUCUGAGGAGAUGGAAAUCCCUCCUUUAGGAGAGCACAAACUCUCAGAGGAAAUGGAUGAAGAAGGUGAAGUUUUGAGCUGGAGAGGAAAAGUGAAGGAGCUGGAGGAGCAGCUGUUUGUCUCAGAGGGCAAAACGAGAGAAGAGUUUGAAGAGAAGACGAGGGUUUUGCAGCUGCAGCAUGAGGCAGAGAUGGAGAAACUGAAGGUCACAUGUGAGCGUGGGCUGACCUCCAUGGAGGAGUCCCUCCUGAAGGUGGUGGAUGAGCUACAGCGUCUCCACCUACAGGAGCUGGAGUUCCUCCGGGGGGAGAAAGAGCGGCUGCUGGAGGAGGAGGCCGCCGCCACCGCCAUCGCUCUGGAAGCCUUCAGGAACGCCCACCGAGUGGAGCUGCAGAGGGAGGUCCAGAGGAGCAGCAGCUAUGGGAACGCACAGAUGGAGGACGUCCACAGACAACACAGGGAGGAGCUGGACUCUUUCCAGCGGGAGCUGGAUGCUUUAUCGCAGCAGUUCUCUCUCAGAUGUCUGGAGAACAGGCAUCUGGUCCAGGCUCUGGACGCCGAGAGGAAAGCCUUGUGUCAGUGCCAGCUGGAAAACCAGGACCUGAGGACCAGAAACCAGGAGCUGAGCGGCCACCUGGCUGCAGAGAUCACCAGACUGUGUUCGCUGGCCAAACGGGAUGAGCUGCCCCUCAGUCCGGGAAUGGACGCCUUCGAGAUGGCGAUCACACUGCGAGUGAAGGAGUCUGAGGUCCAGUGUCUGAAGCAGGAGAUCAAGAGUCUGAGGGACGACCUGCAGUCGGCACUACAGGACAAGAGGAACGCCUCAAAGAAAUACACAGACGUAAACACGGAGCUGAGCAGCGUCAGAGCCAAAGCGGACCGGGAGGCCGAGGAGCUGAGAGAGAACCUGAGGCUGGCUCAUCACGCUCUGAGAGAGACUUCUCCAUGACUCCUCAUUAUGUCCUAUUUGUGAUAAAGACACCUGUUUGUAUUUAACAAUUACUGCCAUUAUGCAUCCUAUCAGUUGUAAGUUAUUUGAUACCCGUCACAGUUUGUAUGACCCUGUUUUAAGGCAAAUGAAUAUUUUAAAUUAAAACGUUUUUUUUUUGUUGCAAAUAAUUCUACUUAACUUAUUUUGAUAUUAACUUUUCUUUUUAUCAAUUAAAGUGGCUCUAUGAAA